CCGUCAUGGCCGCCUCCGGUAGCAGAUCAUGCCUCCAGUAUCUGUUCCAUCUUGCUCACGAUAAUCUGGAUUUUAGGUUGCCGGAAAUUAAGGCUCUGCUGGCUCUCAGAUCAAAACCAUUCCAUCCUUGUGAAAGCUUCAAAGAACAGGUCAGAGGUCAACAUGUGCACUUUGGUCUUUUUCAUCCGCUGUGUCUAACAUUUUGCGAGUCAACCGAUGUCCCCUUUCUGGUGCUUGGACCGUUUGUCAGAGGAAGAUGUUUGCACCGUUAUGGCCCGAUCUGUUUGUGCAAAGUCUGCUUUUGAACUCUGGGGCCAUGGACAAACACACAGUGAACUCAGGACAUCCCUGUUAAACUACCCACAAGAGAAAAUGAGUCCAUACAUGCAGAAAGGUUCUUCAUACAGAAUAAACGUCUACACUUUUAAUAAAACAUUGUCGUUCGAAGAGAGAAUUAAAAAGAUCGAUGCCAUGGAUUAUCUUCCCUUUGAAGGCACCGUGAGCCUGAAGAACACUCAACACAUCUUCUGUUUGUUGGAGGAUUAUGGCACGGACCCCAACAACGUCCCUGAGCAGCCAAACUACAUCUACUUUUGCAGAUGGAUAGCAGACGGUCAGCGGGAACUGAUCCGCUCCUACAGCGUGAAGAACAGACACUUCAUCGGAAACACCAGCAUGGAUGCUGGCCUGUCCUUCAUCAUGGCCAACCAAGCAAAGGUCAAAGAGAACGACCUUGUUUUUGACCCAUUUGUAGGCACUGGGAGCCUUUUGGUCUCGUGUUCUCAUUUUGGAGCAUAUGUGUGUGGAACAGAUAUUGAUUACAACACUAUUCACGGAAAAGGUCGGUCCAGUCGUAAAAACCAGACAUGGCGAGGUCCCGAUGAGAACAUCCGAGCCAACCUGCGGCAGUACAAAACAGAGAACAUGUAUGUGGACGUGAUGGUGUCGGAUGCAUCCAAGCCAGUGUGGAGAAAUGCAGCUCUGUUUGAUGCUAUUAUUACUGACCCUCCAUACGGUAUUCGAGAGUCAACGAGAAGAACUGGCUCCCAUAAGGACACUACUAAAUCUCCUGAUGGCCUUUACGCAGAGUCCCACGUACCUGUCUCACAGGCGUACCACCUGAGUGACAUCUUCACAGAUCUGUUAAACUUCUCUGCCCGCCACCUUGUCUUGGGUGGGAGGCUUGUCUAUUGGCUGCCUGUAUACAGGCCAGAGUACUGCGAGGAGAUGGUUCCUCUUCAUCCUUGCCUUCAGCUCAUCAGCAACUGCGAGCAGACGCUCUCCAGCCACACAUGCCGACGGCUAAUCACCAUGGAAAAAAUAAAGGAACCUGAGGAACUAGACAGCCUUGCUCAUCUUUCAGAUCCCCGCUUCAGCCCCUACCAGGGACACAAUGCCUUCAGAGAGAAGUAUUUCAGUGGACUAAACAAAAGAUCUGGCAAGGAUGACACAAAAGCAGAUGUCAGUGGAAAGUGAGGAAACAAAGGCCCUAAAAUAGAGUUUUCCAUAAAAAAAAUGGAAAACAUUUUAAGUGUUUGUUCUCUUUGAUCUUAAAAAUGUCCCUAUUAUUUGUACUACUUUGCUAAUAAAAGGAAAUAAACUGUCAA